AUGAGUCUCAAAUAUGCUCUAAGACAAGCCCAACGAGGAUUAAUAUUCAAUACCCCACAAGUCAGCAUUGAAUCCACUAUUGAGCAGGUAACACAGCUACCUAAUUUCAAAUCAAGGCUACGGGCAUUGUAUAAACGGUUUUACAAACUUCGCAAGUUUGAAUGUACACCGAUUUUAUUUAGAGUUGAUGAUAACCCCUACGUAACACCUGAUAUAACCAGUGAGGACUACGUUGCAUUAGUCAAGAGAAACUUCAAGUAUGUGGAUUACAAUAUCAAACGACAGAAAUUGUUAGGGAAACUCCCGCCACUUUCUGAGGAUCAGCUUGAACAAAGACUUUUCGCUACAUUAGCAUUUGUAUUCAAUCACACAGUGGCAACUGCAAAUCCGCAUGCUGAAGAGCUCAUAACUACCAAUAUUGUCGAGAAGAAGAGCAGCAUUGAUACCAUCGAGUCACAAGUUAUUAGCACAUUACUUCGAAUGGAUCACGAUUGCCCAUGGCAGAUCAAAUAUGACUACAAAUUUCAAUGGUUGGAUCAACAAGAAGGUGGCAAUAGACCAAAGAAGAAGAAAAGGAAUGAUAAUGAAAAACUACCUUACUUGACCUACAAACAAUACUUGACCACAUUAAUGAGGUUAAAUGAAAGUUUGGGGUUGUGUUUAUAG